AUGGAAAGACUUUUUGGAAUUGAAACUGAAUACGGAAUCACACUCGAAAAUGAAGCACACAUUGAUGCCGUCAAGCAGUCGGUUGAAUUGAUCAAGAGUUACCGCCAAGAAGAUUUUCGACCGGUGUGGGACUACCGCGGUGAAGAUCCGUUGCGAGAUGAACGCGGCUUUCGAGCAGACACACUCUCCAAUCAUCCUGAUGAAAAGGAAGAGGAGGCGCGCGACCGAAAACGGAAUAAAAAAGAGCAACUCUCUUUUGCCGAAAUUAAGAGCGAUCAUAUUCUCGUCAACGGUGCACGCCUCUACAACGAUCAUGCACACCCGGAGUAUUCUACACCUGAAUGCAGUAACUUGUUUGACCUUGUCGCACACGAUAAAGCCGGAGAACGCAUCCUUCACAGAUGUGCCGAAACACGCAGUCAGAAACUCGGGAAACGCGUGCUGUUGUAUAAAAAUAAUACCGAUUUUCACGGGCAUAGUUACGGGUGUCACGAUAAUUACUUGAUGGCGCGCGAAGUACCUUUUGAGACGCUCAAACUGGGGAUCAUGCCCUUCUUUAUAACACGGCAAAUCUUCGCAGGCGCAGGAAAACUUGGUAUUGAAACUGAAGCAGGGCUCGCAACACCGGGGCAUUACCAAUUAUCACAGCGUGCCGAUUUCUUUCACGUUGAGGCGAGCGUUGAUACGAUGCACAACCGACCUAUCGUCAACACGCGAGACGAACCGCAUGCUGAUGCAUCUAAAUUCCGUAGACUGCACGGUAUCGCUGGUGACGCGAAUAUGUCUGAAUACGCAACGGCACUCAAAGUUGGUACCACCGCCCUUGUUAUUGCUUUGAUUGAACAACGUAGGGUGCCGGCGAGUUUGGCACUCGCCAAUCCGAUUGAUACCAUCAAGACCGUCUCGCAUGACCAGACGUAUCGCUGGAUGGUGAUGACAGAUGACGGAAAAUCGAUGUCUGCAAUUGAUCAUCAGCGUGAGUACCUCGCUCUGGCACAGAAACAUCUUGAUGAUGUUGGGGCGUUUGAAACCGACUGGGUCCUCACGGAGUGGGAAGAUACGCUCAACGCGCUUGAGAAAGAUCCAAUGUCGCUCAUUGAUCGACUCGAUUGGGUCGCGAAGAAGUGGUUACUUGAAACCUUUGCAGAAGAAGAGGGAGUCGCAUGGGACGACGCAUGGCUCCAGAGUUUGGAUUUAGAAUAUCAUAACAUUGAUAUAGACGAAGGACUCUACUACGGGAUUCCUAUGCGGCGCAUCGUCACAGACGAGCAGAUUGAAGCAGCGCUUCAUAACCCGCCUGCUGGCACACGUGCCUACUUCCGCGGGCGCGCUGUUGAUCGGUUCAGUGAAUCUAUAAAAGCAAUCCAAUGGGAUAGUAUUACCUUUACCGUGAAUGGACGGACCCGGGAAGUCAACCUCAACGCUCUCGCAGAGGCAGAGAUCGCACAUCAAUAUAAUGAGGCACUUGACGAGUCACCGACCGUCGAAACAUUGAUUAAAAAAUUGCGACUAUAG